AUGAUUACAUUUACUUUAGAAAGUAUCUAAUUUUCUAUGUAUGAUUCCAGUUAAUAAGGAGCUAAAUUUAUUCAUUAUCGUAAUCUUAUGGAAUUACAAAAUUAUCAUUUCCACUCUAAUAGAUUUAAAGCUAAGUAAUCCUAAACUAAAAGUGAGUGCAGAUAUUAAAAUGAUAUACUAUUUUGUUGA